AUGUCGACGUUCACGAUAGCUGAAACUAUCAAGUAUGCGAAAGCCGGUAAAAUUGUCGAACAAACAGUAUCGUCGAUACGUACGGUGUGCUCUCUGAACGGUCUUCGUUACGAAAUUGGAAGGUACAAGAUCGCGCUGCUUGAAGCACGCCGUGCCGGUAUUCUGAAAAAUUUGUUCGUCGGUUUGUCGUUCGGAUUGAUGGGACUAACAAAUUUCUCUUCGUUCGCGUUAGCGUUCUACAUCGGAAUCACGUGGACAGUUGAUGGCCAUCUGCAGUUACAGGAUUUGAUGACGGUAAGA